UUGUCUUAUCACACCCUUUUCUCCAUUUGCAUAUUUCUUCCCACCCUCGACGGCUGGGUUACAGACAAUAUUAUUCAAUUUGCGGGUGAAGUUAUUGAGACAAAUUAUGGUUUAAGAAGUCCAUCGCGUAAAAUAUUGGUUUUACACCCCGUUGCCUCAAUGUUUGUGCGGAAAAAUGCUGAUGACAUUCUACCUCACUUGAACUGUGACGAGAAGGAGUGGAUAUUUUGUCCUUUGAACAAUGCCUCAGAAAACGAACCAAAAGGCAGUCAUUGGUAUCUUUUGAUAGUAUCCCGCGAAUUGGGCAUGUCUUUUUAUUUGGAUUCUCUGCUUCCUCUUCACCACAACCUACGCAAUUCUUCCGGAGAAAUACGGAGAGCUGAGGAAACCAACAAUGCUAUUUACUUAAGAAUUCUUCCGUGCAUCAAACAGACGAACUCAAUCGACUGUGGGAUAUACGUGAUUUUAUACAUUUAUUUGAUCUGUGAUUUGCUACUGAAAGGAGAUCUCUCAUGGGUUAAUGUUGGACUGGUUGGCGAAAAUUUGACAAGCGUUGCGUUAAGCCUGCGAAAGAGGCUCAAAGGAGAAGUUGACGCUUACUUGAAAAACCGAUAA